UACAGUUUCGAUCUGUUGGCGGAAGUCCCGCCCAUUGGCUCCUAGAUUGACACAUUAGAGCGCGAGAGUUUAGCUUUAGAGUUUUUUUUUAUUUAUAAUUGUGUAAGAAUUCAAUAUGUCCGAUACUCGACACAUUAUUGCGGUUUUUGGGGCUACAGGGGCACAAGGUGGGUCAGUUGCUGAUGCCUUGCUGUCUGAUGGCACCUUUAAGGUGAGAGCAAUAACUCGGAAUCCCAUGAAAAAGAAUGCAAAGAGACUUCAUGAGCGUGGGGCAGAGCUUGUAAGGGCUGACCUGGAUGAUGAUAAGAGUCUCAGAACUGCACUUAAGGAUGUAUAUGGAGUCUUCCUUGUUACAGAUUACUGGGAGCAUAUGGACAAAGAGAGACAGAGCUUUGCAGAAGUCUGAAGAUUAAACAUGCCAUCUUUAGUAGCCUUGAAAAUGCUAAAGAAUUGUCUGGAGGGAGACUCGAGGUGCCACAUUUUGAUGGAAAAGGAGAGAUUAAUGACUACUUCAGAGAGAUUGGUAUCCCAGUGACAAGUGUCCGAAUGCCUAGCUAUUUUGAAAACUUCCUUGGGGCUUAUAGACCUGUCAGAUCCGACGAUGAAAAUUGUUUCAUAUUAGAAAUUCCAAUAGGAGGAGUACCACUACAUGGGAUGUCCGUCAGAGAUCUAGGUGGAGUGGUUUUGUCAAUCCUGAAAUCUCCAGAAGAGUACAUUGGAAAGGACAUUGGGCUAAGCACAGAUCACCUAACAAUAGCGGAGUAUGCUGCCAUCAUGUCCAAACAUACUGGAAAGACAAUCAAACCCUCAAAGCUGUUUCCCGAAGACUAUGAGAAGUUGGACUUCUGCGGUGCAUACGAGGCUGCUGGCAUGUUCAAAUUAUAUAUGAUGGGUCUUGACCGUGACAAGGAAAUGACUCGCAAACUGAACCCAAAGGCAGUGACAUUUGAAGAAUGGAUGUUGGAAAACAAAAACUUGCUGAAUCUUAGAUAAAUGCUGAAAGCUAUUUUUUCUCUGUACAAACUGGAAUAAGGAAAGCAGCCAAUAUGCUUUUUGUAUACAUUACUUUAGUAUUUGUUAUUGACUUUCAACUCAGGCCUGGCACUUGAGUAGGCAGAAAAUACCUUUUUAAAGAAUUAGACAGUUAAUAUAUAGACCAUCUAAGUGUGAUUGGCCUAGGAAAUUCAUAAGUUAAUUUUUCUGCCAUUGAUUGUUUAUUUCAUCAAUAUGCAUGUAAUCCUAUUGAUGAAGAAAGGUGAAAUAAAGCAUAACAGCUGCUUUAGGAUAAGCAUGCAAGAUUAUAAGCAUGCCUCUUUUAUUAUGGCCCUGCCUGAAUACCUUCCAAAAUCAGUUUUAUUUCAUUGCCAAAGGCAAACAAAGUUUUUAUUUCCAUAUCAUGGACCUUAAGGAAGAGUAUUACAUCUGAACUGUGGAUGUGUUAUGCAGUGUCUGUUCUACAUUGUGACUUUCUUCUUUAGCUUAAGAAACACUGAGCAGUUACUCUGAGUGGGCUUAUUGUUUCCCAGUCCUUACCUGCUUGGCCAGUGAAUGUUUAACAUAGUGUUGUAUAAUCUAGGACAAAUAAAAAGGUCCGUGUGGCAUUCAGAUGCA